CGUAGGGUACCGGUCCGUUCAUUUCUGUUGUCACAUUAUUUCGCACAACAUGAAACGACUAGAUAAGCUAUUUUAAAGUUCAGAUAUUAAAGUCCAGUGUUCUCUCAAAUUAUCUAAUUCAUUUGUAACACUCAAAACUACUUUCCCAAAAUGGUUGGCUGUUAUUUUCCUAUUACAGUACGUCUCAUCGUUCUUUUGACUUUAGGUUUAUUGGCUAAAAGUGAAAAUUGUAAAAAACUUUCUUAUUGUUCUUGCCAAAAAGAAAAUGGAGAUAUCAUUGAUCUUCAACAAUUUGGAAGUAGAGUUUUUCAGGCUUACAAAAAUUCCGCUAUAUAUAAGUGGUUACCUUGUGCACAGAUGGAGUGCAUGAAUACUAGUCAAACUCUCUGCAAAUUUAUUGUCAUAUCUCCUACAGUACAAUAUCCAAAUAACUUAGGAAGUAUAGAGUCUGUUCACUUUACAGUUGUUGGAGGAACUGUAAAUUUGAACUACAAGGAUCCAACAGGAAACACUCAAAGUACAGUAUCAUUGGUCUGCUCUGAAGAAAAGGAAACAACAUUUCAACAUAUUCAAAAUAUUACCAUUUUUAAUUAUCAAAAAUAUUUUUUUCAACUGCAGAGUAAACAAUUUUGUUCCAGUCACUCACUAUCAACAGGAUCAAUAAUUUGCAUAGUGUUCUUUUGUGUGCUUGUAUUAUAUCUCGUCCUAGGAGUUGUUAUCAAUAUAUUUGCACGACAUAAAUCUGGCUGUGAUGCUGUUCCUAAUGCUAAUUCCUGGAAAAGCCUUGGAGACUUCGUUCGGGAUGGUUUCACUUUCACUCUUACUAAAUGUGGAAAACUGAAUAAGAGGAAAGAAUAUAAUGAAAUCUAAACAUGAUCC